UUGAGAGGUUUGCAAAUAAAAACAUGAUCUUGUAUGAUUGUCAUUGCAUUACUUUGGGAAUCCGUCCUUGUCAUAUUCGAAAGCUUGAGCGGGGCAAGAAUGAACUACAGAACAGGUUUUCUGACAGUGUUGUGCACCUGCCUGGUGAUUCUGCUGCAAAGCUUGGAUGCAAGACAUACGCUAAAGAAACAUGAUGUUGAUGCUGAUGAUUCUUGCAGACCCAAAGAGCUGACAGCCCUCACUAAAGGUCUAGUGGCAGACAGCUUGGAAGGCUUUGACAAAGCCAACGGGGCACACCUUGGCACUUGGUCCCCUGGCUUCCCUGAGCUGCAGGUCCACCAGAACUCUCCUCUUGUUGGGGCAAAAGUUCAGUGCAGCCUCCUCUUCAUGGCUCAAGGUCUGAGAAAAAUCCUGGAGGACCAGAGGAACAAUCUCAAUCCUACUGAUGUUUCACUUCACGAGAAGCUCAAGAACGCCAUCUCUAAGGUCAAUAUGCUCACAACAUGUAUGAAAGAUACUCUCGAAGGGGAAUGCUCUGACAAGCCACCCCCACCCAACAUGCCCCAGAAUACUUUUGAGAAGAAGCAGUGGAGUCACACACUGUUAAAGACAGCCAGGGACUAUCUGACCUGGCUGGAGAGUAAAUUUGUGGUCCAAAUUGCAAAGGUCAAAGGGAAAAAUAAGAUGAAACAUUCAGCCUCUAAUGCAACACUUAAGAAGCACUUGGAGGGGAGCAGCUACCUCUUGUAAUCUCAGCUUGUGAUGCUGAUGCAGUUUAUGGCAGCUUUUCUUUAAAGGUAAAGGUUUUUCUGAAGAUUUGUUAAUAGUGACAGUUCCCCAAAAUAAUUAAUACAUAUUUUCAUCUUACCUGUAGUGCCAUAUAAUUAAUUAAUUUAAUCUAGAUUGUUU